AUGGGAACUCCCUCUGCCUGUUUUCUGAACACUGUGUCUGAGAAAGCUGUUCAUGAUAACUUCAGCACCCAGGUUCUGUUAAUGACUUCUGUGAAGUCAGUGGUUACUGAAUUCAUUUUGUUGGGCCUGUCUAGCUCUCGGGAACUGCAACUCUUCCUUUUCUUAAUCUUCUCUGUGUUUUAUGGAGCUGCGGUCUUGGGAAACAUCCUUAUCAUCCUCAAAGUGAUCACAGACUCUCGACUGCACUCCCCAAUGUACUUUCUUCUCAGCAAUCUCUCCUUCAUCGACGUGUGUCAGACUACCUUUGCCACUCCCAAGAUGACUGCAGACUUCCUCAGCGAGCAUAAGACCAUCACCUUCCAGGGAUGCAUGUCACAAAUCUCUUUCUUGCAUGUUUUCGGGGGCAGUGAGAUGGUGCUUCUUGUUGCCAUGGCCUAUGACAGAUACAUUGUGAUUUGCAAACCUCUGCAUUACAUGACUAUCAUGAGCCGAAAGGUGUGUGCUAUUCUGGUGGGGGUUUCUUGGGCCAUUGGCAUUCUACACUCAUCCAGCCAUCUAGCAUUCACGGUUGACCUUCCUUUCUGUGGACCCAACAAGGUGGACAAUUUCUUUUGUGACCUUCCCCUCGUGAUCAAGCUUGCCUGCUUAGACACCUAUGUUUUAGAGAUCCUUGUGCUCACAAACAGUGGCCUGCUCUCACUUAUCUGUUUUCUCCUUUUGCUCAUUUCUUACACUGUCAUCCUCGCCACUGUCCACCGCCAGUCCCCUGGUGGGACAUCCAAGGCCCUUUCCACUCUCUCUGCCCACAUCACUGUUGUGGUUUUGUUCUUUGGCCCAUUAAUCUUUAUCUAUAUUUGGCCCUUUGAAAGCUUCCCAAUUGACAAAUUUAUCUCUGUGUUUUUUACUGUCUUCACUCCCUGCCUUAACCUUAUGAUUUACAUGCUGAGGAAUAAAGAUGUAAAGGAAGCCAUGAAGAAGCUGAGGAAGCAGCAUGUGGGUUCCAAGGAAGUCUUUUAG